AUGCCACCGCUACCAGGAUUCUCCGAUAACAAGUUCGAAAGCCGAGACGACUUUAUCGAGGCCAUUAUCGCACUCAUAAGUCCCCUCAAUAAAUACUUCUCACCAGAUAAAUCUCGAAUUCGUAUACCGGUAGCAACAGGUGCACAUUUCGAUGAGUCGGCUGCCCAGCUAGAAGGUUUUGCGAGGCCACUGUGGGCGAUUGCACCAUUGCUCUACGGAUACGACUCUAUCAAAAACAAAGAGCUAGUAGCUCGCGUCGACGAAUUAGUCCAGCCAUGGGUUCAGGGCUUCAUAGCAGGGACAGAUCCAGAGCACUCCGAAUAUUGGGGUGCUAUGAACCACAUGGAUCAGAAAAUGGUCGAAGCUGAGAUGAUUGCAUUUGCCCUUAUCGCCGCACCAAACCGAUUUUACAACCCGCUGAGUGACAGUCAAAAGAACAACGUCAAAUCCUGGCUCAGCUCCAUCAACGGAAAGCAGAUGCCCCGAAAUAAUUGGAGAUGGUUCCGCGUAUUCUGCAACUUGGCCCUAGUCAAGACCUGCGGUGUGCCUCUUUCUCAAGUCCAAUCUGAACUAGAUGCAGAUCUUGAUAUAUUAGAUAGCUUCUAUCUCGAGGAUGGGUGGUCAGGUGACGGACCAUGGCAAACAGUCGAGCAGGCGAUCCAAGAGCAGGAGCUUACCAAAAAGACUGGACGUCGAGAUGCCAUUGGAGUGGGACGACAAGCAGACUACUACUCUGGAAGCUUCGCCAUUCAAUUCAGCCAGGUUCUUUACUCAAAGUUCGCUGCCGACCUGGACGAGAAGAGAUGUUCUUCUAUUCCUUUCGGUCGAUCGUUGACAUAUCGAUUUGCCUGUGGAGGAUUCUUCGGUGCUUUGGCAUUUGCAAAAGUCCCUGGUAUGCCUAAGCCGCUUGAUUCACCAGGGGCUAUCAAAGGCUUCCUCACACGGCAUCUCAGAUGGUGGGCUCACAAUUCGGCUGACAUAUUUGGUACUGAUGGUACCCUUACCAUUGGAUGGCUAUAUCCAAACAUGUUUAUGGCCGAAGAUUACAACUCUCCGCAAUCAGUUUACUGGUCUCUUAAAACUCUCAUCGCUGUUGGUCUAGCCGAUGAUGACGAGUUUUGGGCCUCAGAAGAAUCGGAAUACCCAGCCUUUGACCCUCCAACACAAACAAUCGUCGCUCCCCAACAAAUCCUAUGCAAUCACCCACUCGGAAACCAUCACUUCAUGCUUUCUCCCGGUCAAUUUGUGGCUUGGCCAAUGAAGGCCAAUCAGGCGAAAUACUCCAAGUUUGCCUAUUCUUCAGCUUUUGGUUUCUCUGUGCCUACAGGACCUCUCAUUCAACAGAUCGCCCCGGACAAUCAGCUGGCAUUGAGUAGGGAUGGUGGAGAAACCUGGGCUGUGAAAUGGAAGUGCGAUGCGGUGACGUUUGGGAAUUUGAGGACGAAAUUACACAACGGGUCCCACGCCGAUGUUACGAUCGCCAGUGUGACAUGGUAUCCCUGGGGCGAUCGAGCGGUGGCUGUUGACACCAUUCUUGUGCCGCCCACCGACCAGUGGCCAGACUGGCAUAUUCGGAUGCAUCGCAUACGCUGCAACAAAAGCAUUCCUUCUCUUCAUACUAUUGAAGGUGGAUUUGCUAUCCAUGGCCGAAAGGCCGCCGAUGGCAUGAUCCUACCAACGAUCGACACACUCGACGACGCCACGCCAGGCAAAUCUGAAGGAAUCUACUCAGAUAAUGUUUCAACACUGAUCUCCUCGGAAGAUGGAUGUAGUGGUAUCUCGAUUGAGGCUCUACUGGACCGAUUCAAAACACCAGUCGAGAGCUACGCGCUGAAACCCGAUUCAAACACCAAUAUCGUUCGCCAACGAACACUCAUCCCAGCCGCAGCGGUGUCAAUUUCGGGGGGACUGGAACCCCAGCAAGAACUUUUGAUUCAGACUUCCGUGUUUUCCAUCUCGUCAAAGGCCAACGGGGGUAUCUCAGAUGACGAAUCUUGUCUCAGAGAUCGCUGGCUAAACCGCCCUUCAGUUGAUGUGGCAGGUUUUGAACACAUGUAA